AUGGCUUCGGAUCAGUGCCAAGAAGUUUUUGUUGAUCCAUCAACUCUUCAUCCAUGUUCCCCUGAAGUGAUUGCUCGGCAGGCAACAAUUAAUAUUGGAACAAUUGGACAUGUUGCCCAUGGAAAGUCUACUGUAGUAAAGGCGAUUUCCGGUGUUUUGACAGUGAGGUAUAAAAAUGAAUUGGAGAGAAAUAUUACAAUUAAGUUGGGUUAUGCAAAUGCAAAGAUUUAUAAAUGCUCUAGUGAAUCAUGUCCACGUCCUGGAUGUUACAAGUCAUAUGGAAGUGAUAUUAAAGAGAAUGUAAUAUGUGAACGCCCUGGUUGUGGCAGCAAAAUGAAUUUAAUACGUCAUGUCUCAUUUGUAGACUGUCCUGGGCAUGACAUUUUAAUGGCAACAAUGUUGAAUGGAGCAGCAGUAAUGGAUGCUGCUUUGCUUUUGAUUGCGGGAAAUGAGAGUUGUCCGCAGCCACAAACAAGUGAACAUCUUGCAGCUAUUGAAAUUAUGAAACUUCAACAUAUCAUUAUAUUGCAAAAUAAAGUAGAUUUGAUGAGAGAAGAAGCAGCAGAAGAACAUUAUAAUAGUAUUCUUAAAUUUAUUAAAGGCACAAUUGCCGAUUCAGCACCUGUGGUUCCUAUUUCUGCUCAACUUAAGUAUAAUAUUGAUGCAAUUCUUGAAUAUAUUGUCAAGCGUAUUCCAGUACCAAUACGGAAUUAUUCAUGUGAUCCAAGGCUUAUUGUGAUUCGAUCGUUCGAUGUAAACAAACCUGGCGCAGAGGUAGAUGAUUUGAAAGGCGGUGUUGCUGGCGGCGGUAUUUUAGCAGGUAUUCUGCGUCUUGGUGAUGAAAUAGAAAUUAGGCCAGGAAUUGUAACUAAGGAUUCUGAGGGUAAAUUUCAUUGUAAACCUAUUUUAUCACGAAUUGUUUCACUUUUUGCUGAACAUAAUGAUUUAAAAUUUGCAGUUCCUGGUGGCUUAAUUGGUGUUGGAACACAUGUAGAUCCUACACUUUGUCGUGGUGAUCGGUUAGUUGGGCAAGUUCUUGGUUUAAAAGGUAGACUACCUGCUGUUUUUGUUGCCAUUGAAAUCAAUUAUUUUUUGCUUCGUCGUUUACUUGGUGUCAAAACUCUUGAUAAAAAACAAGCCAAAGUCCAAAAAUUAGCAAAAAAUGAAGUUCUUAUGGUAAAUAUCGGUUCUACUUCUACUGGAGGUAGAGUAGUUUCUGUUAAAGCAGAUUUGGCAAAGCUCAUUUUAACAUCUCCUGCAUGCACUGAAGUUGGUGAAAAAGUUGCUCUUUCCAGAAGAAUUGAAAAACAUUGGAGAUUAAUCGGUUGGGGCAAAAUUCAAAAUGGCCAAACAUUAGAUGACGUAUAA